AUGAGCCGCGCGCGGGGGGCGCUGUGCCGGGCCUGCCUCGCGCUGGCCGCCGCCCUGGCCGCGCUGCUGCUGCUGCCGCUGCCGCUGCCCCGCGCGCCCGCCCCGGCCCGCGCCCCCGCGGCCGCGCCCGCCGCCGGCCCCGCGCGUCGCCUGCGGCCCGAGGACGUCUUCAUCGCCGUCAAGACGACGCGCCGGAACCACGGGCCGCGCCUGCGGCUGCUGCUGCGCACCUGGAUCUCCCGCGCCCGCCCGCAGACCUUCAUCUUCACCGACGGGGACGACCCGGACCUGCAGCUCCAGGCGGGCAGCCACGUGGUCAACACCAACUGCUCGGCCGCGCACACCCGCCAGGCGCUGUGCUGCAAGAUGGCGGUGGAGUACGACCAGUUCAUCGCGUCCGGGCGCAAGUGGUUCUGCCACGUGGACGACGACAACUACGUGAACCCCGAAGGCCUGAUGCAGCUGCUUUCCUCCUUCUCGCCCAGCCAGGACGUCUACCUGGGGAGGCCCAGCCUGGACCACCCCAUUGAGGCCACGGAGCGGGGCCACGGCGGCGGCACAGUGACCACGGUCAAGUUCUGGUUUGCCACUGGCGGGGCCGGCUUCUGCCUCAGCAGAGGCCUCGCCCUCAAGAUGAGCCCGUGGGCCAGCCUGGGCAGCUUCAUGAGCACGGCGGAGCGGGUGCGGCUGCCGGACGACUGCACGGUGGGCUACAUCGUGGAGGGGCUGCUGGGCGCCCGCCUGCGGCACAGCCGGCUCUUCCACUCGCACCUGGAGGACCUGCGCCGGCUGCCGCCCCACACGGUGCUCCGGCAGGUGACCUUGAGCUACGGGGGCCCUGAGAACCCACGGAACGUGGUGGGCGUGGCCGGAGCCUUCAGCCUGCAGCAGGACCCCACGCGGUUCAAGUCCGUCCACUGCCUCCUCUACCCAGACACGGACUGGUGUCCUGUGACCUCGCCUCUCAGUGACCCUCGACCCCUGACCCGGGGGGUGGCUGUGGGGUGA